UUAAAGGUUAGAACACAAGGCCACUGACUAAUGCAAUCAUGAUUGGACUCAUUGACCUGCGGGAGGACACCAUUGUCCGUUAAGGCGAGGAAGGAGCGGAGGACUGGAUAAAGGAACAGGUUGAGCAUCACAUCAAUUGAGGUGGUGACUGGGUCACUGGAUUCUGAUGGCAGCUGACUGCCUAGCUGUACACUGCACUGUAAUACCCUGUACAGCAUUGCGUUCUUGAGGUGUGUCUUUUAUAUAGAUAUGAACAAGAUUUGUGGGCAGACCUUGGAACGUCCUCCAGUGAAAUGUAACGUCAUGUGCUGAGCUGCACUCUGAUAAAGACACACAAACCCACUGAAAUUUGAGCUCAGAGGAAUCAACCCUGUGCACAGGACAGCGCAGACUUACCCAGUUGUUUGAUGAACACAGUAGAACACAAUUUAUGCAGCAUUUGUUUUCUCUCAGUGAUGAAGUAAGGAUUUACCUUUUCAGUGGCAUCUCGAUCUAAACAAUAUUACAGGACAACAUUCAACUCGUUUAGCCUAUAUUUUUCUACUUGGCUUUUAUCCAGUGCGGACUGAGGAGAAGGGUUUUGCACCAGUUUGGAUUAAACCAUGUGUCAUGUGAUUGUUACCUGCCGCUCGAUGCUGUGGACCCUGCUGAGUAUUGUGGUGGCCUUUGCCGAACUGAUUGCCUUCAUGAGCGCAGACUGGCUGGUGGGCAGGCCAAAGGCUAACAACACACCUGUCCUCUCAAACCGCUCCAACACUUGGAAAGAUCCUUACUACCCAAAAUUGGGCAUAUACAGCCGUUGCAUCAAACUGCCAACUUUAAAACGAGGGAGUCUGUGUGGCCCAUAUGCUGAAAGCUUCAAUGAGAUUGCCAGUGGAUUUUGGCAAGCAACGGCUAUUUUCCUGGCGACAGGAAUUCUCAUUCUGUGUGCCGUGGCUUUUGUGUCAGUCUUUACCAUGUGUGUGCAGAGUAUUCUGAAGAAAAGCAUUUUUAACAUCUGUGGAUUACUACAGGGAAUCGCAGGGCUCUUUCUAAUUCUUGGUCUGAUCCUGUAUCCUGCUGGAUGGGGUUCUCAGAAGGUGGUGGACUACUGUGGACCAGAUGUUUCACCUUAUCAGCUAGGCGCCUGUUCUCUGGGCUGGGCCUUUUACACAGCAGUUGGUGGCACUGUCCUUACAUUCCUCUGUGCAGUGCUAUCUGCACAAGCAGAAAUUGCGACAUCUAGUGAUAAAGUGCAGGAAGAGAUUGAAGAAGGGAAAAAUCUCAUUUGCUUGCUGUGAGAAAACACCUUGAGCCUCUGUUUUUUUACUUCAUGGCAGUCUUAAUCUUUUUUAGUUUUUGAAACAGCGCACCAGGAGUUUUAGCAUCAUACUAACUUCCCAAUGAAUUUAAAAUUCACAUAUAUGCAAUAUAUGGCAGUGAUUUGAGACUGAUUUCCAUCCCAGGACAUGCCACACAAUCUGCAGCUGUGAUGGGGAAAAUUCUGAAUGUUGUUCCUUCAUCGUGGACUGUGUGUUUACCUCUGAAAACUGUUUGUGAUAGUGCUGCACAUUCUAGGACAUUUAAUGAGUUGUCCAGAUACAAGACCUUCUCACAUCACAGAGGGCAUAGAAGUUCUUUUAUGUGCACAGAAGCAAUGUUGGAUUUUUAAAUAACAUGUUUUCCAUUGACAAAUUUAAAAACAUUUACCACUGUAACGUUUGACUUCCUGUGAAAUGCAGCCUGCACCUUUUGAUAUGACAGCCAAGAUCUUUUUGAAAGGGGUGCAGCAUAAAUCUCAUUUCCAAAUUUACCAAGGCAUUUGACUGAAACAAGGUCCCAGCAAAGAAGGUCAGCGUGGUUCAUAAUUUUUUUGAACAGGUCAUCGUGCUUUAUAAUAAAAGAAACCACCCAAGCUAUUUAGAUAAAAUGCAUAAAUUGUUUCACGUUGCCAUUCACACUGGCGGGGGGUGGAUUUUAUGAAGGCAAUAGGAGUCUUGGCUGCUGGCUGGCGAGCCGGUGAGAGACCCACAUUGCCUCCUUUGUGGAAAGCCCGUCAAAUUAUGAGCCACUCAAGCAAUUAACAGGUCAUCUGCACUCCUUCUACGGGUUCAGGACCCCAGGAGUGGGAAUUCCCACCUGACAGCUGCCGGCCAAUCAGAGGCUGGCUGUUCUUUUGCUCAGCAGCGCCACUGCAGUGGAGGUGGCUACUACAGGUAAUAUGCCCAACAGAGGCCCAGGAUUGCACAGCGACUCAGGCUGGAGGAAAGUGACUGUGGGAGAGGUUUUGUGGGGUGUAAAAGGGGUCCAAUAGCAAGGGCAGGGGCUGGGUUUACCCCUUGCUCAGACACUCAGUGCCUUUGAAUGAGGUUCCCCCAUCCCCUCCCAGGAGAGCACAACCAAUUCAGCACAGGUUUGCUUGUCCUGCUCUCUGCUUCUGGUUUAAUACGAGCAGUGGUGGGCUGAAGUUUAUAAGUGGGCAUUAAUUGCCCCAAAGAAGGGCCUGAAAUGGGGUCACAGAAUUGGGUGGUGGCAGAGUCCCCACCCAUCAUCAACCCACCUGAUUAAAUGUCCUCCCCACCUCCAAACCUGCCACGGGGAGGGCAUAAAAUACUGCCCAUUAUAUAUGUUAAAGUAUACUAGACAGUUUGAAACUUUUUCCAAAACAAAUGGCCCAAAUUACGUGGAAGGAAAAGUUAUUAGGUAAAGAUAGUUAUGAAAAUCUUUAUUGGUGCAAAGGAGGUUUUUUAUUACAAACAAUCUCAUGUUGAAACAACAGUAUACAAGCAGCAAGGCCUAGCAGGUCACCGCAGCUGCUUCAAUGCACAACACCUUUUUGUAAUUGUUGUUGAGGCCAUCAUGACUGCUGCCAGUACAACUGUGCAACUCAUUCAUCUCAACAAAUGUCCAUGGUCAGCAUGAAGCUAAGAUAUACUGAACUGUGAAUCUAUUCCAUUUGAAGAAAGCCACAUUGCUGUUUAUACAAGAACCAGCAGUCAGCUUCCCAUCACUAGUGCCAAUCACUUAACCAUAGUGCUUAACCAUUCUAAUUGUAUUUCCAGUUCUGAUGCUAUUUGUGCCUAAUCAUUCACGCAUUUGCCAAAGAAAAUGCCUAAUACCACUGUUUGACUGAGAACCCUUGUACCUUUAAUAUUACAGGGUAUUGCCAAUCGUCAGUCAUUAAGUAAUGUACGAUUUUACUAGCAAUUUUCAAUGCAAAUGACCACCAGGAAUACACAGUGCCAUUCAGCCUUGUGGAACAUUUCAAUCUUAAUUCAGUGCGAGUUAGAUAUGAUACAAUGAGGUGUAAGAGUUUGAAGAAUCAGUGGAUUUGAUUUUAAGAAUCACCUUUUAAUCAUUUUAUAUAAAGUAACACCACAACGAUUUUGUACAGCUAUAUGCAGCACCUUCCAGACCCAGGAACUCUACCACCUCGAAGGCAAGGACAUUAGACAAAUGAGAAUACUACCACCUACAAUUUCCCCUCCAAGCCACACUCCACCCUCACUUGGAACUAUAUUGCCAUUCCUUCACUGUUGCUGGGUCAAUUCUGGAACUCCCUCCCAAACAGCAAGGUGGGUGUACCUACACCGGAUGGACUACAACGGGUCAAGAAGGGCUUGCAAGAAUGCUACUACUCAGGAGCAGUUAGGGAUGUGCAAUAAAUGCUGGCCUUGCCAGUGACGUUCACAUCCCAUGAAAGAAUUUUAAAAAUGGUGUUCCUUAAAAAUGCCAAAAUAAUUUACUUUGUUAGACACACAAAUGGCACACCUACUUGCUGCACAUUGAAGAAAAACCAAGCAGGGAAAACUGGAAUUAGGAAACCAAAAUAAAAGUGCCAUUCCAAUGCUGGUCAGCCUCGUUAUUUGUAACGUAAAGCACUAAUGGCAAAGGUACAUCAAAAACCUGGAGGUGUCGCUACGGAACUGGACUAUUGUGCAAGUAAAUAGGAAGGACAGUCUUUUCUAAGACAGAGUCUGCUUGCGAAUAAGAAAAGUGAAUGGGCUGCAGAAGCUGGCUUGCCAAACAUUAUCUGUACUGUUAUACCUGUGUUGAUUACUAGCUCUUUGUGAUUAUAUAAUGACCACAUUUAAAUGAGAAAGAUCAUAAUUUUUGGCUAAUGCUCAUUGUUCAGUAACCCAUUGUGUUUAAUAUUACGUGCCAUAGUCUUUUGUAAAAUUUUAACCAUUAUUUAAAAUUAAUACACCAUGUGUGAGAUAUGUGCAAUAAUUGAUUAAAAAAAUUGAAAUUGUUUAUCGUGCAUGUGUGCAUGGGAGGAGAAGGGGUUUUGAUUAGGGCUGAUGUGAUGAGUCUUAUCCAUUUUAUUUUACUGGUGCCAGUACAGAAAGCUGAAGUAUCCCUAAUCCAACAACACGUUAGCAGCCAUUUCUUAAUGAAUGCAGUAUUAUUAAACAAGUAAUCUUGGUGUGAAAGUGGAACAAUCAAAUGAGUCAGAUUUCCAAAUUCCUGCUAAACCCCUGACCAUCAGCCAGGUCACCCAAAAGUCAUUGUUGGGUUAAACAGAGUUGCCAAAGUACAGCUGGGUAGAGGGAUCCAGAUGUGGGACUGACACUGCUAAAUUCUUGACAGUUAUACCUUGCAAGAGUAGUCAAGGUGGAGACCCAAGGCCUUCCCCUUGGAAAGCGCAAGGUGGGAAAGGUGGCUGGAGUGCUUUUACUAUGGUGUGUUAGACUUGUAGGGACCAACAAGGAUCAGCUUUGGUAAUGGCCAGGGAACCUUUCAGGCUCUGUGCCUUAUCUUACAACCAACAUGCCCUAGCAAAAUGGCAAAAGCAAAACUCACAAAUUGAUUAGUGCAAUGUAAUUUUAUUUUGUACCAAAUUUAACACAAGUUUAUAAAGAGUAUUGGAUACAGGAGACAAAAUCCAACCACCAGUUAUGACCAAUCAUUUUUUAAAAUUUCUGCUAUGUCUAUGUUAACCUCAAUAGCAGAAAUCAGGUUCUGCUGCCUUGUUGGAUGCUGAGGUACGAUUUGGGAAAUCCAAUGCAAUGAAUUUACACAGGAAGGUUUUAUUCAGCCCUGUUUCAAAAUUAUUAGCACACGAUUUACACUGUAAUGAUUGGACUCUACCAUCAUGAGAAAUACUGUGAUAGUUGAUUGUUAAAUGGCCAGUUGGAAAUAACACUAUUUAGUAAGGUCUCAGUCAGUAUAGAUUAACUUCCAGCGCCAAGGUAGUUUCUCCGCGUUUUUAAAUGCUGCUUUUUGGACACAAACCCCAAAGCUAAAUUUCAUUAUAGUCUAUGAUAUGAAAAUUAUAGAAAUAUUCCUGAAAUGAAGUAUUGUGACACCAAUAACCACUAUUACUAAACUGCUGAGUGAUUGCAAAUAGUUCACUCUAAACAAACCUGCCAUUCCUGGAAAUCGGGUGGAGCUUUUCAGCGGACUGAACCAGCUGGCCAUUUACCCUAUUACUUACCUAAUGAAAGAAUUUGGCAAUGCUGUAAGGAUUUCCUCCAUGUUUCCAAAAUGCUGAAAAUUGAAGUACAAAAAUCAUUUAUUAAAGCUGUUUGUGUUUCAUACUA